GUAUAAAAGGAAGUGCACAGCCGUGCACCGAUACAACCUCGCAGGUAUUGAGAGAACCACAAUUUACAGAACUGCGAAGCACAGUAUGACAAGAAGGCUACCUUUAAAUAAUGAAGACAUUCAUCAGUAAAAUGAAGAAAUAUAUUUCUACCAUGUCAAGCCAUCAAGUGUGCAAAAGUGGCCAAGAGACUGUACAAGCAAAAAUGAACGUAAACUUCGUGAAGCAGCAAAGGUAACACAACGACUCAGAAAUGUGCGCUCGGAAACAUCUGCAUUGGAAAUGCUAUCAUAGAAAAACAUGUUUCAUGUGAAAGGAAUGGAAUCCUAAUGAAUGAAGAAAUAACCCGCACUACACUGAAGUAAGGUAAACAUUUAUAGUUUAUACUGAGUCUUAGAUGGUGAGUGUUUGUGAAUAUAUUCAAAUAUAUAUUUUGAUAUACCGCAAACAGAUCUAAAACGUUAUGCUGCCUGCCAUUUAAACCGAAAUUUUAUUUUGUAUAUGUGUAUAAAGCAGGUCCAGUAAACCUGAAAAAAUAGUUCGAGCGAUAAAAAGAAAAAGAGCUUUUAGGGAUGGAGCAGUCGAGUCAGAUUAAACCAAUACCUGUCUUAUCCGAUCAGUCUUGGACAACGAAUUCACCAAAUAACAAUAAUGACACUAAGGAAGACGGAGUCGGGGACUUGGUUGUUCAAACCAGUUUAGCAAUAACACUAUCACUUAUAACUCUCGCUACAAUGCUGUGCAAUGGAUUUGUGAUUGUUACUAUUUAUCAAACUAGAAAGCUACACACUCCUGCAAACGUCCUUAUUGGUUCGCUGGCCGUCACAGACCUUUUAGUAUCCAUUUUGGUGAUGCCUGUCAGCGGUCUCUACACAGUGAGUGGCACUUGGACUUUAGGACAAAUCGUGUGCGACAUCUGGCUGUCCUCAGAUAUCACAUGUUGCACUGCAUCGAUACUUCACUUGUGCAUAAUUGCCUUGGACCGGUACUGGGCAAUAACCGAUGCAGUUGAAUAUUCCAGGAAGAGGACGCGGGGAAGGGCAGCCGGGAUGAUUGCAGUGGUCUGGGUCAUUGCAAUCUCCAUAUCGCUGCCGCCUUUGUUCUGGCGUCAUGCUAAAGCUGAAGAGGUCACUUCAUGCAUGGUGAACACUGAUCACAUUUUUUACACACUCUAUUCCACCUUUGGAGCGUUCUAUAUCCCGACGUUAUUGUUGCUUGUUCUGUAUGGGAGGAUCUACGUGGAAGCCCGAGCUAGGAUUCUAAAACAGGCACCGAAAAAAUCAGGCAAAAGACUGACAUCAGCGCAUUUACUCACCGAUUCACCUGGAUCAGCAGCUUCAACGACGCUCCUGACAUGCAGAGCACAAGAAUCCUCCUCUGGUGACACCGGCGCUCCAGUGUGCCUAAACCACCACGUCCAGGUGACGGUGUCUGAUGCGCUUUUGGAAAGGAAGAGGAUCUCGGCUGCAAGGGAACGGAAGGCCACUAAAACUUUGGGUAUCAUUUUGGGAGCUUACAUUAUAUGCUGGUUGCCCUUCUUCAUUAUAACCCUGGUCUACCCUAUCUGUAUGACUUGCUGGUUCCACCCAGCCCUCUUUAACUUUUUCACUUGGCUGGGUUAUAUAAACUCUUUAAUUAACCCUAUCAUUUACACCAUGUCGAACGAGGAUUUCAAACAUGCUUUCCAGAAACUAAUGCGCUUCAGAUGCUGCACCUCGUGAUCAGCCCGUGUAGAAAACAUAAUCAGCAACACUGGAACAUUGCAGUUUAUUGAACGAAGUUGGCUUUUAUUGCCUUUAACUUUGCUGCGCUUUUUGCAAACUGCUCCUGUUAACGCGCGUAAGCAGAAUUGACAUUUUCCAAAACUCAAGCAACACCUGUGUCGUUUUUAUUAAUUUCAAUAGAAAUAACUGUCGGCACACGUUUAUUGUGAGUCGAACAAACCUGUACUAAACCCGUUAAUAUGUCUCUGCUUUGUCAUACAACUUACAGCCUCUUCACAAAAAGUGUGCUUCUGGAAAGAUUUGUUUGGACAAACUCAGAAAAGUAACUGUAAACGCAAAAAUAAUAAUAAUAAUAAUAAUAAUAAUAAUAAUAAUAAUAAUAAUAAUAAUAAUAAUAAUAAUAAUAAUAAUAAUAAUAGGAAAACCAAGAUGCUUACCAGGUAAUCAUUCAUUGAAACCAAACAAAAAAGCCUGAAAUAUUAAUUAUGUCUUUUUGUUUUUAUUUAUUCCCAUAUUUGUGAUGUUUGAAAAGGUCUUGUGAUGAAUUAUGUUUCUUGCAGGUCAGCUAUUGUAAUAAGAUUGACCUCAUAUUUAGUCGUAUUGAAGUAAGAUUGACCUCAUAUUUAAUCGUAUUGCGUAUGUUUUGUUUAGUUCUUUAUAUUUAUGAAUGGUUUUAAAGUAUGAACCAUUUUAACGAGAGCACCGCUGUUUUAUCGUAGUAUACGCAAUGCUGCGAGCUGCUGUGUAUUAGUACAAACACAGCGCAGGUGUACAGGUGAACUGCACGAGGCAGAAAAAAAGUGGGCAUUGAUGACAGGUGCCUCAACAUAUAGAUGUGUUUUUAUAUUAAUGAAUCUGAGAAAAGUGGUCAGUUUAAACAGCAAAUCAGAUUAUCCUUAAAUGAUUAGGCUAUAUAUCUAUAUAUAGCUGUUGUCAAUUAACAUGUGAUACUUUUUCAUGUAAAGUGAUAUGCUAAUGUGUUUUUUUUUUUUUGUGAAUGAAAGGUUGAACCUCCAGGUACUGUAAUGUGUUUUGUAUUCGUUAUUCUCAAGCUUCAACAUGCAAAUAGUCGAAAUAGUCUGAGCACUCAUUGUUACAGUUCAGUUUACCAUUAUUUAUUUAUUUAUUUAUUUAUUUAUUUAUUUAUUUAUUUUAAGAAUGUCGGCCAAAUUCUCAAAGCUAUUUAUUCCUUCGUCAGUAGCACAAUUAUUUUCAGAAAGGCGAAACACACCCAUUAAAGUUACCAAACCGGAAAUAAAAAACAUACUUUUAAUUCAGGAGCUUGAAUGAAGUAUUAAAUUGUUUCCUAUUCGUUUUAGAUAGUUACAGCCUGAUUUUCAGAAGGCGCGUUUUUAGGGAGAAAAUAGAGGUUGCAGUGCAUUUGCACUGAGAGUUUUUUUUGUUUUUUUUGCCACCUAAUUAUACAUCUCGAUUAAUACUAAUAUCAAUAAUAAUGCAGUAUCUCAAUGUAUUUAUUCUUUGAUCCAAUAUUAAUAUUCACAUUCUUUACAUGCAA